CAUGUCCAUACACGCCGUCCUGUAUUCAGCCCUGAAUAUAAGCCUGCUCUCCUCACGUUUACCUGUGACUCUUUGCAUCUAUCUGUAUCUCGAAAACAAGCACUACCUCAGCUUUUAUUUUUACACGUCUCAACCCACAGAAUUGACAAUGAAAUUUAAUAACACAGAGGACAUCAUGAAGACUCUGCAAGAGGCCCCGGUGGCCAGGAAAGCUCUGCUGGACAACCACAUCAAUCUCAACAAGGUGGCUGACUACUGCGAAGACAAGUAUUUAAAUGCGGAGGACACAACGAAAGCACUGGAGGAAUCCAAAGCUCUCACCAAUCAGGCCCUGGCCAACGUCGCCUACCAAAUCCACACGCUGGCAGCGAGUGUAUUAAGACUGCUGGAUGCCCAGACCAUUCAACUUAUGCAGAUGGAAUCAUCAGUCAAUAUUCUAAGCAUGACGGUGAGCAUGUACAAGGAGAAAGUAGUGCGGCAGGAGAUUGGUGUCCUGACUGCUCCUUGCAAAAUCCCAUACGUUCAGAAGAUAGUUCCUCCAGCAAGACCUGAAGAACCCAACACUGAAUAUGAGCGUGUCCCAAUAUCCUACACCAGUCUAGACUCAGUCGGACAUGGAGUCUGGGACAGAACCAAAACUGCACCAAAGAACCAGCCUGAACCACAGACAACUAUCCAACAACCAAGCUCGCAAGAAGGAGGCCAACAUUUUGUAUCUGGCAUUGGCAUUGCCGUUCCUCCACCUUCAGUUCCCAACUGGGUUGGUUUAAAAACCACAGCUUCUUCAGCCACACCAGUCUCCUCCAUGCCACAGCCUCAGAGUUUCUACAAUGAUACUCCACCACCACCUCCUCUUCCACCUGCUAGUGAUACUGAUGGCUUUCCACCUCCAGCACCACUUUUUCCUCAAAGUAGUUCAAUAUCUGUAACUACACCAUCUCCUUCUCCAUUUACAUCUCCUAUUACAGACUUAUUUUUACCACCACCCCCAACUACCCAGUCCGACUUCAUGGCUCCUCCUCCUCCUCCUCCUGCCAAUUCAAUGCCAACUCUUUCGUUUGAAGAUUCUUUCCCAGCUCCACCACCUGCACAUCCAGAGUAUGUCACCAUGGCUCCACCACCCUCUCCAUUUACGCCUCCUCGUACUGGAAAGGGUCACGUUGCACCACCUCCUCCAAUUCGCUCUACUCCUGGUGGGGGAAAUGCUCCUUUACCUCCUCCUCCUCCUCCUGGACAGAGUAAUGCUCCACCUUCUCCUCCACCACCUUUAACUACUGCUGGAAAAGCCUUCAUUCCUCCUCCUCCUCCUCCUCCUCCUGGACAGAGUAAUGCCCCACCCCCUCCUCCACCACCUCCAACUACUGCUGGAAAAGCCUUCAUUCCUCCUCCUCCUCCUCCACCACCACCAUUUUGAAUCCUGAAGCUGAUCUUACCUAAGAUAUUAUUGGGAAACCACUAAUAUCAAAACCGCUACUGUGUUCUCCAGACAAUAGCUGUAACAUUUCAAUGUUAUAUAUACCACAUUAAUAUACCAGGCUCAAGUGUAUCUUGCCAUAACUGCUAAAGUAAAAGGGUUGUAGUAAAUAUCUAACAAAUGGAACAAACUUUCACAUCUGCUGAAGCAACACACCAACUUUAAAAGUUAAAAAAAGUAGUAUAGAUUGUAUACUACACUAAUUUAAAAAUGUACUCUAUAUGGCCAAACUUACAUGGACAUCUGACCUUCACACACAUAUGUGCUUGUUGAACAUCACAUUCCAGAGUUAGACCUCUUUAGUGCUUUAACAGCCUCUACUCUUGUGGGAAGGCUUUUGGAGCAUGGCUCUGGGGAUUUUUACCCAUUCAGUAGAUGGUGUUCCAGUUCAUCCUAAAGGUGUCCAGUGAUGCUGAGGUCAGGGCUUAAUGCUUCAGCAUACAAAGACAUUCUAUACAAUUGUGUGCUUCCAAUUUUGUAGUAUGGAUGGGAUGGUUAGGUGGCCAUGUAGUGAAUCUAGAUGUAACGAAUAUGUAAGAACCUAUAAGGAAUAGCUGCAGUAACUACUGCACUUUUUUUUCUAACUACAGUGUUGGAAUGCUGAACCCAUUAAACCCAUCCAAUAUCACACAAAAUGUGUAAGUUUUGCUAGAUUUUAUAUAAAUGAAGUCAUAACAAAAGGUAAAAUCACUAACCAGUCCCCUCAACCUAUAGGAGUUAGCCUUUGUGAAUUCUUACUGUACACUAUAGAUAUUUGUAAGACCAUGAUGACUAAAAUGUAUUCUACGUGUAAUGGUGAAAAUAUCUAUGACUUGGUUUAGCUUUACUAAUGAUACCGUUUCUGAAAUGUUGUAUUAUAUAACAGAGAUAUAAAAGAUUUAUAUGACAUGGUUAACUAAUCAACAUGUAGGUCACACUACAAAGCAUUAUGUGCUUACAAUUUAAGUAGAAUUUAUAUUAUGACAUGACUUUGGUAUAUUAAAUAAGUUUGCAGAUAACUAAUCUCAUGAUUAUUUCAUUUGCACUUAGUGUGUAACUAUUGAUAUAUAUAUCCAUUUAGCCAUAGCCAUAUUUUUACUGAAAAAUAAUUGCAAAAAAAUUAUACUAUUAACCAAUUAAAGAAUAGUGUUACAUUUUAUAUACGGUGCUGUGAAAAAGUAUUUCUGAUAAAUCUGAUAUCUUCUGUUUUUGUGUAUAUCGCAUGCUAAUAUUUUUAGAUCUUCAAACUAAAUACAACAUAAAACAAAGGUAACCUGAGUAAACACACAAUACAGUUUUUAUUUACUUAUUUAUUUAAUUAAUUUAAGAAAAGAAAAAAAAGUAAUCCAACACCUAUCACCCAUGUAAAAAACUAAUUGCCCCCUAAAAAUCUGGUUGUGCCAUCUUUAGCAGCAAUAACUGCAACCAAAGCUUCCGAUAACUGGAGAUCAGUCUUUCACUUACUUCUAGGACUAGGAUUUACUCCUACACUUUGGAUCAUUGUCUUACUGCGUAAUCCAGUUGCGCUUGAGUUUUAACUUACAAACUGAAGACCGGACAUUCUCCUUUAGGUUGUUCUGGUAGAGAGCAGAAUGUUUCAUUCAAUUAUUGCAUGUUGCCCAGGCCCUGAAGCAGCAAAGCAUCCCCACACCAUCACACUUCCACCACCAUGCUUGACUGUAGGUAUGAUGUUCUUUUUGUGGAAUUCUAUGUGUGGUUUACUCCAGAUGUAACAGGACUCCUGUCUUCCAAACAGUUCCACUUUCGACUCAUCAGUCCACAGAACAUUCUCCCAAAAGGUUUGAGGAUCAUCAAGGUGUGUUUUGGUGAAAUUCAGAAGAACCUUAAUGUUCUUCUGGGUUAGCAGUGGUUUUCACCUCACCACUCUUCCAUGGAUGCCAAUUUUGCCCAGUGUCUCUCUGAUAGUGGAGUCAUGAACAGUGACCUUUAUUGAUGCAGGAGAGGCCUGUAAGUCCUUUGAUGUUGUCCUUGGCUCUUUUGUGACUUCCUGGAUGAGUAGUUGCUGUGCUCCUGGAGGAAUUUUGGAAGGUCAGCCACUUCUGGGAAGGUUCACUACUGUGCUGAGUUUUUCCAUUUGGAGAUAAUAGCUCUCACUGUAGUCCUUUGGAGUACCAGAUCCCUUGAAAAAACUUUGUAACCCUUCCCAGACUGAUGUAUUUCAAUCACCUUCUUCCUCAUCAUUUCUGGAAUUUCUUUCAAUUUUGGCAGAGUGUGUUACUGGGUAAGACCUUUUAACCAACGUCAUGCUGUUGAGAAAGUUCUGUUUAAGUGUUGAUUUGAUUGAACAGGGUUUGCAUUAAUCAGGUCUGGUUGUGUCUCGUCCAGCUCAACCCCAUUAUGAAUGCAGUUUCGUAGAUUUGGGGAAUUAAUAACUCCGGGUAGUUGGUAUUGGAUAACUUUUUUGCUUCAAUAAAUAACAUUAUCAUUUAAAAACUGUAUUUUGUGUUUACUCUGGUUGCCUUUGUUUUAUCUUAGAUUUUGUUUUAAUUUCUGAAACAAUUUAGUAUGAAAU